AUGGCCAAUACCGGUAAUCCCGCAGCUUCGUCUUGUCGCUUCUCCACCCGUAUUUCCCUACGAUGGCUCCCCGAGCCUGCGCAGGAAACGACGGAUACAAUCGUCAUGUCUGUUAAGGACUGGUACCUAGACUUGCGAAUGGACAAAGAGACCGGUCAAGUGGACUGGGCAAUUGCUGGACAACGACUGAUUGAAAGUCAAGAGCCUCUGCGCGUAUCCUUCACUCACGAGCUCGACUCGCAUAAUGCCUUCGAGAGCGUUGAUUGCGGCACGUUUGUCUCACUGCCAAACGGUGAUGACCUUGAGACAGGAUCCAUGCCCCGCCCUGACCUGCCGGGGGCACCUGUAACGGAGUACGAGGAGGUCUGGCGGGAGUUGCCCUUUAGAGAAGGUCCCGAGGGGAUGAGUAAAGGAAUGUCGUGGGUGCUAGAGUCUGACGACAGUGAGCUGGAAAGAGAGGGCGAGAUUACCGUGACCAAGACAUUCCUCGGCCGGAUCUGGGGCACCUAUCUUGCACUGCAGCAGUCUCAGACUCAUAAACGACAGAAGAAUAAGUCUGGAGCUUGGACUGUGAUUAAGACUGGGGCCGAUGUUAGUGUCAGAAGGGAGGAAUGGAGCUCAGCCUGGAAGGAUCGGUAUGUAGUUGGAACGGCAGGAGCGGUGCUGCCGUCUAUGAGAACUGGAUUUGAAGGCGAGGGUAAAGGGCCUUGGAGAGUGCCUGGAGAGAAACUGAACAUUGAUGGGAGGUCUUUUAUUGUUCGAGCGUUUGAAGAGAUUUGA